AUGGGGAAGUUUUUGCACGAAGUUUUGGUGCACUACGAGAACGAAAGCGAAGAAGUUUGUUCGAGAGAUUUUCAUCAUCACAAUCAUCAUCAUCUUGGAGGAGGAGAAGCAUCAUCAUCAUCAUCAUCAUCAUCAUCAUCGUCAGAAAAUCGUUGCGUGCCUUCGUUCGAUGAGCGGUUAUCGAUCGCAUCGUCGUCUUUUUCUGGUUUUAACGAAGAGGAGCUUGAAUCGUCGAUGGUUUUGGUGACGGAUUACGCGCAAAUAUUUGUAUUCAGAGGCCAAGAUUUGGAACGGCCGUUAGUGUCUUUGCGUUUGAACGACGAGGACGAUUCAGACGUAAACGACCACGACGAAGCAAAAAUUGGAGGAGGAGGAAAGAAGAUAAAGUCGAAGAAGAGAGAAGAUUUGUUCGUUGCGUUCGCGAAAUGGUCAAAGUGUACUCCUACUCGUCAUAAUAAUAAUACGGAGGGCGGCGAAGGCUAUGGUCAAUUUUUCACCUCGCAGGUUGGAGCGAAUCGAAUGUUUGUACACACGAGAGUCGGGAGGAAAGUGGUAAAAGUCGAUUUGAGAGAAGAGAUGAAGGCGAACGAACGAUUCGUCGGCGGGUUUGUACUCCCGACUGUGACGACGACGAAGACGUCGGGAGACAGAAAUUCAUUUAUUUUGUGCGCCAUCGUGGAGCGUUCGUUUUACUCCUCGAGCGGAUGGAUGAACGUUCUCUCUUUUGGAAAUAGCACGAAGAAGAAAGGGAAGAGGAGAAAGCAUUGUCAGUUGGAGGUGCGAUCGAUUGAGUUCAACGACGAAGAAGACGUGGUCGUGCGUAGUGCGCAUCAUCAAAUGAAGAAGACCACGCUAAAAAAUGUGGAAGGCAUGGUUUUCAUGAAAGGUUUCGAAGUGGACGAGAAGACAGGAACGGUCGCUGUCGUCGGCGCCGCGUCUGAAGACGACGAAGGAAAGGAAACGACGAUGUGCGUGACGAUGUAUAGUUUUCGGAGCACAUCAGAAAACAUCGGAGAGUUUCCAGUCGUUGCGUCGGGUAAAGGUUCCUCUUCCUCUCCGUUUUCUUCAGCUGUUGAAAGUAAUAGUAAGAGAAUAGUAUCCUCGUCCAGAUGUGACGUGAGCGUAGAAUCGGACGCAUCAACCGCGACGAUACGAAUAGGUAUUCGCGACGGGAAUACGAGAAGCGCGUCGGUGUGGGAAACAGGUUUUACCGGUGAAGAUGAGUUCAUCGAUGACAAUCAGUAUCGAACUAUUAGGCGAGUAGAUGACGAGGCAGAUAAAACAUUCAAUGGGAACAAACCAACCUCUUCCGCGACCCUUCUUUCCAAUAAUUGUUCGGCGUUUGCAAACGACGAGUCCGGCGAGACGACUUUGCGCGACAACACAAACGGCACGACUUUAUUUCAAGGAACAUUCGCGCACGUUUCAGGGAUGUGCGAAAUCACUAGCAGCAGCAGCAGUAGUAGUAGUAGUAGUGGCAAUAGUAGUAAAAGAGAAUUGAAGCGAAUUUGCGUGCUAGAAUCGUUUCCGGAAAACGAUCAAUCAUGGCGAUUGCUUACCAUUGAUGAAAGAACGCCGGAAGAAAUGUUUGCGAAAUAUCUCGAUACGAAAUGCUGGGACGAAGCGCUCGAACUGGCGAAUGUAUACGGGUUGGACACGAAUGCUUUAUAUAAGAAAAAAUGGUUUACUCUUGUUGAUGAUUUGUGCAAACACAAUGUUAGCAGUAAUAGCAAAAACGCGGGGAUCUCCGCAUCUGCGAUUAUUGAAACUUUGUCGUCCAUAUCGGAUCGAAAGUGGGUGGUCGCGGAGUGCUUGUUGCGCGUCGCGCCGACGUACGAGACGCAAAAGUUGUUGCUUUCUCAAGUCGUCGCUGAAACCGAUCGAUUUAGUAAUACAAGCGAUAUUGGUACCGAUGAUGAAGAAACGAAGUGGUGGCUGCGAGCGCGCUUAGCGGCUCUUGGUGCGUUAGAUCGUCUCGAAACGCUUCGCGCAAUGCAUCUAGGUUAUUUUUCGUCCUCGGCGUACGAAAGUUUUCGAUUUGUGGAAUACCUAGACGCGGCGAAAGCGGUCGCACGAGCCGGAAACGCGCGAGGAUUAGAAGUAUUACUUCAAAGACACAACGAUUGGUUUCGUGAGCGUGAUUUAUUAAACAUAGCCGGAGAGAUUCCAGAGUGUGCUCGCGUCUCGGAAUACAAAAAAGUCUUGCUUGAGAUUCUCGACCGUGGAGAUACUUCUUCAGGUGGACAACAAAAUCAACUUCGCACUCCCGAUUGGUGCGAAACAUCUGAGAUAUUAAGCUCAAUCGUUUCCGAGGAAUACGGAAUGACGUUAAUUGUUGAACAAGACGACCGUUUUGCAAAAGUGAUCGGGUUACAGUCGACGGUACACCGAGAGACCGACACGGAGGAGGAGAAUCAAACGACGAACAUUGGACAAUGGGUCAUCGAACGUGCAUUUCAGAUUGACGAACGAUCUGGAUCGAUAUCAAACGCACGCGACUUCUUAUUUUACGUUGCAUCGUCUUCGAGCAGCUGCUUUGAAGAUGCGAGCGUCGAAAAUGCGCUGCAAAGCGCGUCGGCGCUUUGCGCGAUGGUGCUCCUUGAAGAGGCGGACGAUGAUAUCGACGCGCUUUUACAAAUGCGUGCCCACUCGGUAUCUUUGAGAGAUUUCCAUGGAAAAGCUCCAGGUGAUAAACUUUCGUUAUUGUUGAACGAAGAAGAUACUACGGUAGAUAACGUUUGGUCAAUGCUUGACAUCGCGACUCGGUAUCUUUACGUCGUUGAUGAUGAUGAAGGCACGCCGAUGAUGCAGACGUUGUUACAAAAAUGGUUGGUAUCAAUCGCGUUCGAUAAACCUUCGCAAUUGACAUAUCUCUCUCGCGCUUUGCAGUGGUUUACGAAAGAUGGUAAUAAACAUGCGAAAGCAUAUCUCGGUGGUUUAAAUGGUAUCGAACGCGUCGUCACGGAGAUCACGCACUCGUUCUCGCGCGUCGAUAAACGUUCCAUAGAAAAACUCAAGUCGAUAUUAUCGGAUCUCGUUUUGAAUGAUAACGAUCACGUCAACGACGACAUCAGUAACGCAAAUGAAGAAGAUCUAGCUGUUAAACGUUUGCUCUCUUUUAUCGAUGCCGCAGAAGUUAUCCUUUAUCGCAAUGAGAUGCUCGAAAUAUCGUUGCGUGAACUAUCGGAAUCUUCGGCGAAUGAGACGUUUGCUCGAGAACUUUUGGUUGAUAUUUUAAGGGAGGAACACAUCCGCAAACUCAAUGAUUCUGGAUGGCUCAGUUUGUUCAAAGACCUUCAAACGAUUCUCCUCGGUGCGUUCCCGAAAGUCGACUACAAGGAAGAUUCCGGAAUUCUACUCUUUGCUUUAGAGAGGCUCGUUCGAAGUCAGUUGCGCAAUCACGCGUGGUCGGCGGCAAAGAAACACAUUCAUCGUUCCGAAAAUCAAUCGAUUCCGAUUUUACCGACCAAAGAACAUGCGUUGCCGCUCUUGCUUGAAGUCGCAAAAGAUUUAACGCGCGCUUCAUUAUCCAUCAACGACCAGACAAUUGUAAAUGCUGACACCGUCUUGCGAUUGAUUCCACUCGACGAGGAGACUGGAUCGCAUUAUGCGGAAGUACUCGAAGAGUUGUAUUUGAUCGACACUCUUAGAAAACUCGGCACUUUCAAUGUUUUCAUCGCUCCACUCGAGUUUGAAAAUGCGAAGGAAAAUCGAGAGAGUAUCUUAUCUUCGUGUCUCACUGGGAACGCGAAAAAGAACUAUUUGCGCCUGGACGAACUGAUGGAGGUUGGAAACUGUCUCGGUAUACAUGCACUUCGAGUCGAGUUAAUGUGUGCCGAAUACGCAUUCUCCGCUCAAAGAGAUCUGCAAGCAUCCGCUCGAAUGUCUUUACGCCUCAUUGCGAAUGAGUAUAGCGAGUGUUGGCGAAUCUGCGCGGCGCUCGGAAGCAGUAGUGAUCAGCUAACGGUGAAGACGCGAUUGACUUUGUUAUCUUUCGCGGUAUCGCACUGUGCCACCUCCCAAGUGCCCGGACUUUUGGACGAGUGGCAAAGAGCGCAGGUAGAGGAGCAGCAAUCGUUAUCUCCCACUCCGAAUGCUUUGUAUGAUCUCGGCUUGAAAGGCACGGAAGCAUCGGAUGAAAUGUUGGUAUCGUUUUUACGGAAAGAGGAACCGUCCAUGCUCAAGAAAAUUGACGAGCUUGGUAAGCUUUCGUCAAAGAAUAUAUCACAAGAGUCCGAUCAGCAGCAGUUCCCGAAAAUUCCACAGCUCGCGUGCGCAAAGUCGUUCGGCUACCUCGCGAUGAUUGAGGAUCCGAAUAUUGCCGGAGACGCGGUGGAUGCACUCGCUGCGAAAGCUUCGAGCGGACGCGCGCUUCGUAUUUUGUUGUCUCUUGGAUUCUAUUCGAGAGCUGCGAGAGCGUUAGAUGAUGGUAGCGGUGACGAUAAUUCAAUUCGUAACGGCGCGUCAUCUUUUGCCUCGGCGAGUAUGAGUGAUUUGACGAACGCGUUGCAACACAGCGGAACCGUCGACGCGAAGUUGGCUGGUAAGUAUCGCAGUCGAGUUCACGCGAUGACGGAUGCAGAGACGUUGGCGUUUUUACUCGGACAAGAAAAUUUCGAUGCGAACACUUUCGUUGCAGCCGAUAAUUCAAAAGACGAGUACGGGUACCGCGCCAAAGCGAUUCUCGAGUUAGCCAGUAGUGGCGUUUCGGAUGCGGAUUUAUCGCGUCUGCCGAAAUCAACAUCAGACGAUGAGGAAGUAUCGAGUGUAUCAUCGGCACCACCUCAAACCGUUUUAAAACUUUGCAUGCGACUUGCGGAUACGUAUGGCGUCGAUCCGCGAGACGUGUACAUUUCCCGAACUGAGACGUUCUUCGAAUCGAAUUUCGAAAACGACGAAACGUUGCUGAAUGCGUACGCGGAAGCUUUAAAAACGAGAACGGAGGAGCAAAAAUCCUCCUCUUUUACUGAUGUUUUGACGCGCAUCGCUUGGCCCGUGGUUUCAAGCGCGCGACGUGUCGAUGUGCUGCGAUCUUAUCUCAAGAUUGCAUCCUACGACGACGCUUUAGUGCGUCUCGAUAUGUUCGAAGAACUCGUCCCUUCGCUCGAUGCAUUUCAAAUCUUUCAAUCGGAUGGCGCGAUACACGGGAAAUCCUCUGCGAUUGAAAUCUCGAGAUUGUUCGCAAACGAGGUCGCUUCGAAAGCGCACCCCGACUUUCCGAACGCACUAGCAUCUGCUCUCGCGAAAGCGUUUGCAAAUUCAUCGAUUUCUUCCGAAAGUAUUUUUGCUUCGGCCGUGACGACUGUUUUGAGAGAGGCGUCGACGACGGCGACGAAAAAGAAACGGUCGACGCCGGAAUCGAGAUGGGAAAGCGCGUGUUCAGCGCUUUCAUUUUUGGAUACAGAUUUCUUGAAGUCCUUAUUGUUGACGGACGGAAGCGAGAAUUCUUUUCUCACCGAAGCUUCUCGCGCGUUGAAGAUAACGGUAUAUUCGGAUAUUCUAUACGAACUCGAAAAUUCUACUUUAUCUUCCGCCGACGUUGCCAUGAAAUCGUUUAUAGAAGACGCAAAUCGCUCUUUGAAAAAUCUCGAGUUUGUGCAUCAAGUGGAAAAUGCGUUGCCGCGAUUACAUCCGGAUAAACUCGACGCCCUCGAGGCGAAUGUGGACGUAUGCGCAGAUACAAGCGUAGCGGCAUUGGUAGACGUCGUGUCUUCGUGGAUGGUUUUGAACAACGGCGAACCUUUCGUCUCGGCUCUCGUCGUCGCCGAGAUUUACGCUUCUUCUACGAAAAGGGAUGAAGAUUACAAGUCUCUGAGCUCUACGAUGUGCUCGAACGCGCUUGAAAUCGCGCUGGAUGAAAAUCCAUUCGACGCAAACAAGCUCGAAAACAUGAUCAUAAAGUCUCUCGGCACGAACGAAGGGUGUAACGACGAGGAGAACGCGUCUGCAUUGAACACCGUACGCAGAGAGUCAAUCGCUCGACUGGAAAGAUUUGUCGGAGAAGCUGUGAAUGAAAACGAUCGCACGUUUGUCGUCAAUUUACUGAGCAGCAAUGAAGUACCCUGGAUAUCGGACAUUGCGUCUGAGAUGCUGAUGUUGAUGAGUGUUGACGAUACUACUACCGCCGCCGCGGAUGCCGUCACAGCUCCGCCAGUUGUUGUCGAUGAAGAACGAAAUGAGCAAGAAGAAACUACAGUUAAAACAUAUACAAAGGAAGUAAACGCAGCUGCCCAAGCUCCUCCUCCUCCUCCUCUCCCUUUACCGCCACCACCUCCGCAGCAGUCCGCAUCGGCGCUGGCGGCAACCGCGACGACACCAUCCGUGUCUCGUUUGUUUAUAAUUCAAAGCGAAAGUUGUUUGAAAGCGCUCGCGCCGAUGAAGAAAAUUUCAGAAUCUGAUUUGGUCGAUUUUACGAGUGCAAAAGCAUUCAUUGACGACACGCUCGAAACAGUAGUCGACGCUUCGAAUGUGAAUCAAUUGAACGCCAUCCGCGACGUUUUGUUCUUGUGGGAAGAUAUCGCGCCUUGGGCGAGAUUGGAUGAAAACGGAACCGGAGAAAAUGUCGUCGUCGAAAGCGCCUUGUCGUCGAUGUGGUUCAGUCUUAUGAAGAAAUCUGGCAAUCUUUCCUUCGCAAAAGAGUGCAUCGCGCUCGCUUCGACGACUAAAUUAAAAAAGAAAAAGAAGCAACUGAGCGAUGACUCAAAAUUUGCGAUUCUCUCCGAGUCAAGAGCGAUAGAACUGAUGAAGAUGAAGUCUUCUGGAGAUGACGAUCCGCUCGCAGAGGCGACUAAGUACGCUUUACUACUUCCGUACGAAUCUGUAAGGAAAGUAUCGCUAAACAUCACUGUCGAUUCUACUAUCGACAGAGAGCUCGCGUUAGCGCUCAUCAGCGUCAAAUCCGCGUUUGGCGAUGUUGUUGUAAACGCGUCAACGACGAAGGAUGCGAAAGUAUUCCUCGUCGAGUUACUUCGUCGACUUCAAGAGUUCAAUCCUGCGGCUUUAUUUUACGCCGUCUCUGUACUCGCCAACGAGUUCAAACGGACGACAGUCGCCGCAGACGCUUUGUUUUCGUGCUUACGCGUUGCCGAGGCGUUUCGCAACCCAGACAGCGCCAAAAUUGUUUUGAAUACGUAUUUGAGCCAAUCAAAUUUGAAAAAGUUUACUGCGAAUGUGAAGAGCGACGAUUUGAAAAACUUCACGUCCACGGAAGCGUGCGCGUUCCAACGCGUUUUGAAAGAUUUAAGAGAAAGGCAACAACGAUAG